AUGGUAUCAAAGCAUCCUGUAUUGAGUAUGAGACCACCAAUAUAUGUUCCUGCCUCGGGAGCCAUCACUCCACCCGAAGAUUCGAUAGGGUCGAGAGACCCAUCGGAGGAAACAUUCGAUAAAGGGCCCCCUAGUAUUUCGAGUGACAAGGAGAAUUCAAUCGAUGAAAUUUGGCAACAAGUGGCGGAUCAAUGCCACUGCUCCCUGGAUGAGAUUGAAGAUGUAUAUGCAUGCACCGCCCUCCAGGAAGCAAUGAUAGCCCUCACUUUCAAAGACCCAAGAGCAUAUACCAUCGAACACGAAUACCGUCUGCCACGAGAGGUUGACCAUCAUAAGCUGCAAGGGGCCUGGAUUCAGACGGCCCAAGCCAACCCGAUAUUGAGGACUCGUAUGAUUCCAACCAGUCAGCACGGUUGUGUACAGGCAGUGGUGCGAGGAUCAAUUCCAUGGCAGGUCCAGGAGACCGACGACGGCAUAAAUGGUGAGAUUACCAGCCCUUCUUGGCGAGCAGGCGCUCCACUGGCGUAUUUCAUCUUCAAUGUCACCGAAAAUAAGCUGAAAAUGAUAAUCCAUCAUUCUAUCUGCGACCACUGGUCUAUUGCAUUGUUGUUGCGCCAAGCUGCCGCCGCCUACAGAGGCGAAGAACUGUCUUUCCAUCCCUUUCGGCCUCUAGUGGACCAUGUACAGGGGACCCAAGAUAGAUCCAAUGCUUUCUGGAAAUCCAAGUUUGGUGAUGCACAUGAGGCCUCCAUGGGGACAUUUCCUCAACUACCCACAGUGGGUCAUGCUGCCAGACCAACUGAGCGGCUAGAAAGGUCCUUUAGCAUUGAAUCUGGCAAAGGUUCCUCAAGCACUGUUGGCACCAAAAUUCGAUUAGCAUGGGCGAUCCUACAAUCAGUCUAUACUGGCUCUGAUGACAUAUUAUUUGGAGCAGUAAACGCGGGUCGUGCAGUGUCCGUUGCAGGUGUGCAGGACUUAAGCGGACCUGCACUUGCUAGCGUGCCCGUGCGUAUCAAGCUGUGCGGGCAGAAUACCGUCGCAGAUACCUUGGUUGCAAUACAGGAUGAAUGGGCAACAUCCAUGGAGUUCGAGCAUGUGGGAUUGCAAAAUCUGCUUCGCCUUGGUCCUGGUCCAGCAGCAGCGUGUCAUUUUCAAACCCUGCUCUCGGUCGAGCCCAGAGAUGGCCAUCAACUUCCCGACUUAUUCUCCCAGAGUCGAUCAACCCAAUUGACGUACGACAUGUAUCCUUUGAUCCUACGAUAUCGCCCCUCGACUACGAUGAUGUCAAUUGAGGCUUCUUUUGACCCGGCAGCAACAGAACCAUGCCAAAUGGAGCGAAUUCUCUCCCAACUCAUUCAUAUCUACGAGCAGGUCGACACUAAGCCGGGCCUUGCACUUUCCGAUAUUAGUGUCGUGAGCCCCGAAAAUUUGAGCAUUCUCCGCCGCCAGAAUAUUUUGACAAAGCACUCUGAGAUAAUGCCAUGUGUUCAUUCAUUAAUUGAAAGACGCACGCGAAAACAACCUGACGCCAUGGCUAUCAGUAGCUGGGAUGGCAACUAUUCAUAUCUAGCCCUCGAUGAAUUGUCGUCCGCAUUGGCCGACCAUCUUUCUCGACAUCUUGUUGGCUCUCAAUCAUUUGUACCUCUUCUCUUGGGAAAGACUAAGUGGAUGGCGGUCGCCAUGCUUGCUGUGAUGAAGGCUGGUUCUGCUUUUGUGCUGCUAGACCCAUCACACCCACAGUCCCGAUUGCAGAAUAUGUGUGAAGCUGUUAAAGCUCCCCUAGUAUUGACUUGCGGUUUGCAUAUUGAGCUAGCGGCCCAGCUUGGAGUUCAAGUAUUGCUAAACCUGGAUGAUUUUGACUCGGAGCAACCGCAUUGCAGUAGCUCAUCUCGGAAAUCUUCUGUUGGCUCACAGGAUCCCGUCUAUCUGACAUUUACCUCUGGAUCCACGGGAACCCCCAAAGGUGUAAUUGUUCAUCACGAAGGCUUUGCUUCAAGUGCUAUGGCUCAUGGCAAGCCAUACCACUUCACACCAGAGUCGCGUGUGCUACAAUUUGCAUCUCCAGCAUUUGAUUCUUGCAUUAUCGAACAUAUCAGUACUCUAAUUCAUGGAGGCUGUGUUUGCAUCCCAUCAAUGGAUGGCUGUCGCAGUCAUCUGGUGGAAUCUAUGAACCGCUUUGCAGUGACCGUUGCAUGCCUGACACCCAGUGUCACCCGGAUCAUUAACCCAGAUAGUGUUAAGUCCUUGAAGGUUUUGAUGUUUGUCGGAGAGGCAGUUUUGGCUAGCGACGUUGUCCGCUGGGAGCCUUUUGUACACGUUGGAAAUGCGUACGGCCCAGCGGAGUGCUCAGCAGUGUUCAGUGUACAACCAAAUCUCAAGAGCAAUGAUCCAGCGAAUAUAGGAUAUAGCACGGGGGGAUCUGGAUGGGUUGUUCAUCCGGAAGAUCAUCGGGUGCUCAUGCCACUUGGAUGCACUGGAGAACUAUUGAUAGAAGGACCAAUUGUUGGCAAGGGUUAUCUAUCCUUGCCCGAGCAGACAGCUCGGGUUUUCGUUGAACCACCUCCCUGGCGCCUGCAAUUUGGCUCCGUUCCAUCCAGAAAAUUAUACACAAGCGGAGAUUUGGUGCAAGCUACCGGGGAUGGUAGUUUCCGAUACUUUGGACGGAAAGACACUCAGGUCAAGCUACACGGACAACGUUUAGAACUGGCAGACAUUGAGUACCAUCUUCACAAAGCAUUUCCGAAAUCCCACCAGACCCUUGCAGACGUCCUCCGGUCAUCUUCCCAGAAUGGCACCAAUGAUCGUCGACCAGACGCUCUACUCAUAGCAUUUAUAUGUCUCCCUGCAUCUCCUCCAAAAGACGGCGUCAAUCAUCAAGCCGAGUUUCUUCCUCCAAACGAUGAGUUUCGUGAAGCCUGCACUGCGGCAGAGGCUAGCAUGUCGGAUGUUCUACCAUCUUUCAUGAUUCCACGGUUUUAUCUACCCCUCUCCCAUAUACCUCUGACGCCUUCUGGGAAGACCAAUCGACGUUACAUCCAGGAGCAGGCCAAUAAGCUAUCCUUGGAGCAGAUGCAGGCUUAUCGAGCUGUGAAAACGCAGCCGGAGGCGCCAUUAUCUUCUCGCGAGGAAAAGCUUCAACAGAUCUGGGCAAAGACACUAAAUCGAACUGUUGAAGAAAUCGGCACUACAGAAAGCUUCUUUCGUCUAGGAGGUGAUUCUGUCAGCGCGAUGCAAGUCGCCGCAGGUUGCCGUACCGUCGGACUGAAAGUAGCGGUUGCUGAUAUAUUUCGUUUUCCAACCAUCAGGCAACUGGCAGAAAGGAUCCAAGAUUCCGGGUCCCUCUCUUUCACCUCGGCCGGGGAGGACGAGCAGACGGAGGUGUGGUUUGAACUUUCCCCAAUCCAAAGGCUCUUCUUUGAGCGAGUGCCCAAUGGUCACAACAAGUUUACUCUCGAGUUCAUUCUCCGGCUCGGUAAGCCUCUUCCACCUCCUGAGAUAAAACGAGCGAUUGAGAAGAUUGUCGCCACUCACUCAAUGCUCCGCGCCCGUUUUGAACGACGAUCGGAUGGUCAAUGGGGACAGAUUAUUAGUCCUGAUGUGUCUAGAAGCCUUCGGUUUAGAGAGCAUCGGGUGUCAUCUAUGAAUGACCGUAAAGCCUUACAGACGAUUCUAUCAACCAGCCAGAACACGCUGGAUAUCGUCCAAGGAGUGAUGAUUGUUGUUGACGUUAUUAUCACAAACGCGGGGGAGCAGUUUUUGGGUCUGAUGGCCCAUCAUCUUGUGAUUGACCUAGUGUCAUGGCGCAUCAUUCUGCAAGACCUUGAAGAUAUCCUCAGCACCGGCCGUACAAUACAGCCUCUCUCCAUAUCAUUCCAACAAUGGUGCCGGUUGCAAAGAAACUAUACCAGAGAGUCUCUUGAUCCUAGCAAAACGCUGAAGACGGAAAUUCCACGUCCCUCAAUGAACUACUGGGGCUCAGAGGCUAUCCUAGGUGCGAAUACUUGGGCGGAUGCAAUACGACGAAACAUCACGGUAUCGAAGGAAACAACCGACGCAAUAAUUGGUGCUGCGAAUGGCGCGUUUCACACCCAGCCAGUGGAAAUUAUUCAGGCAGCAGUACUCUAUGCCUUUGUUCAGGCAUUCGACAAUCGAUCUGCACCUACCAUGUUCAGCGAAGGGCAUGGGAGAGAGCCAUGGGAUGCUGAUAUUGAUAUAUCUCGCACGGUUGGAUGGUUCACCACUAUUUCACCUUUGUUUUUGGAUGUUAAGAAAGAAGACAGCGUCAGGAGGAUCUUGCAGUUGACAAAAGCCGGUCGCCGCAGCAUAUCCACCAACGGAUGGGCAUAUUUUGCAUCGCGAUUCCUCCAUCCCAAGGGACCGAACGAAUUCCAGGGUCAUUCCCCAAUGGAGAUUCUUUUCAACUAUACCGGCCUUUUCCAACAAUUUGAGCGACCAGGCGCCCUUCUCCAGAUGACGUCGGUCCAAGAUGAAUCCCUUCUCCCCAUGGCAGCUGAUUUGCCGCGCAUGGCUCUCAUUGAUGUGAAUGCGACUGUCAUGAACGGCUCUCUUAACUUGUCCUUUAUCUAUAACCGAAGAUUAAGGCAUCAGGACCGACUAGAUCAAUGGAUCAGUAAUUGCCUACAAACCCUUGAGGAACUUCCCAUAGAGCUGCAACAGGAACAGCGACUCAGCGCUGUCGAUUUUCCGUUGCUAUCACUUGCAAGCGAGGAGCAGCUUCACAAGCUACUCCAUCAGGUCUCUGGUCGAUUCGAUGUGUCUCCGUCUGGGAUCCAGGAUAUGUUCCCUUGCUCGCCCAUUCAACUUGGCAUGUGGUUGAGCCAAUUAAGAAACCCUCAAGUAUACUGGUCGCAUAUCCGGUGGUCUCUAUAUCCAAAAUCUGCGGACCCAAUAAAUAUCAAUGAGAUCAGGCAAGCAUGGCAGCAGGUUGUUGACCGUCAACCCAUCCUGCGCACUGUCUUCACCGAUGGCGUCACAGGGCAUGGUCAUCCAGUCCAAGUAGUUCUGAGAACGUCCGAGGCAAACAUUAAGACAAUUUCCGAAUCCGAAUUGCAUGCAGAAGGUCAAGUUACUUCUCUUUCGGAUGAGUUCCUGCUCAAUCCAACAUCCUCAAAUGAGAAGGGUCGCCCGCCCCAUCAGCUUACCGUCGCAAUUGGGCCUGAUGGUGGAGCAUACUGCCAGCUGGCUAUCCACCACAUUCUUGUCGACGGUAUCACAGAGCAAAGAUUAUUGUCAGAAUUCUACCAAGCAUGCAAUGGGAAACUGGACGCAGGGUCUGCGGGCUGCUAUAGCAGGUACCUAGGGUAUCUGCAAACUCGGGAAAAUGAGGCCUCGGAACUCUACUGGAAGCAAUAUUUGACUGGUGUUCAUACAUGUCUCUUUCCAUCUAUUGGAUUGAAAGAGCAUAGGCCAAACAAAAGCUCUCUACAAUUGUUACCAUUCUCCAUGAACAUUGGACGAGAUCUCCGCUCAUUCUGCCAGCAUCAUGGUAUCACGAUUUCCAGUUUGCUCCAAGUUGCUUGGGGUAUUGUCCUCCGUGUAUACACAGGAAGCGAGUCUGUAUGCUUCGGGUAUUUGAAUGCUUGCCGUGAUAUCCCAGUGCAAGAUUCGCACAAUAUCUCUGGACCUUUGAUCAAUCUUUUGAUUUGUCGCCUACAUUUAUCUGACGAAUCAUCGGUUCUGUCAACGCUUGCCGGAAACCAUGCGGCCUACGCCCAAAGCCUUGAUCACCAACAUUGCUCUUUAGCAGAGGUCAUGCAUUCUUUGAAUCUCUCCGGUCAAUCUUUGUUUAAUACCGCGAUGUCAUUACAAAAGGACCCAGGAAUCAUAUUCUCUGAUCAGUCCGAAAAAAUCAAGUUGCAACCAGAGGACGGGAUUGACUCAACUGAGUAUGACCUGACUAUCAAUAUCACGGCGCGUGAGGAGACCAUCGAUGGUGAUUUGACAUACUGGCCGCACACUGUGGCUGAAGUUCAGGCUGAAUUGGUUGCCGACACCUUUCGUCAUAUCGUUCUGCAGCUUAUUGAUCCCGCAAUCGUCAAUCUAAGCGACAUAAAUCUGUCAAUGGGGAAGAACGAGAGUCGGAUGCUUUGUUUCAAUUACAACCUACCUCAAGCUGUGCGAUCUUGUAUUCACACUGACAUACAACGAAUGACGAAGGCGCAACCCACAUCCCCUGCAGUCGAUGCCUGGGAUGGCCAGUUCACAUAUGAGACUCUCGACUUUCUCUCAUCGCUAUUAGCUAAAGAGCUGGCUUUGCUUGGUAUAGGUCCCGAGGUCUUUGUACCAGUAUGCCGUGAGAGAUCCCGAUGGACAGUAGUCGCCAUAAUCGCGAUUAUGAAGGCAGGUGGAGCAUUCAUCUUGCUUGAUCCGUCGCAUCCAGCAGAGAGACUACAAGAUAUGGUACAAGUGGACUUCCAGUGUCCAGUCAUUAUUACCUCAACAAGAUACUUUGAGCUCGCAGCCAAUUUAGCGCCAAACCCAAUCAUCGCCGAGGACCUGAGCCAAAUAUUGCAUUCGGGAAUUCAAAAAGACAUUAUCCCAUUGGCAGCUAGUCCAAAGUCUUCCGCAUAUGCUGUUUUUACGUCCGGGUCGACAGGUAGGCCAAAGGCAAGCCUCAUUGAGCACCAGUCUUUCCUGUCAGCAUCAGCUGCACAUACCCAGGUCCUUCGUCUUGAUAAAAAGGCCAGGGUCAUCCAAUUUGCCUCCUAUGCUUUUGAUGCUAGUAUUAUUGAAAUGAUCGACACGCUUUUGGUCGGUGGUUGUAUCUGUAUUCCCUCCGAUCAAGACCGAAACCAACGGCUGAGUCAUGCAAUCCAUGAUAUGAAAGUGAACUGGGCGUUGCUGACCCCUUCUGUGGCACGCAUCCUAAAUCCGCAGCAAGUUCCGACGUUGGAAACACUUGUGCUCGGUGGGGAGGGCAUGACUAGGGACGAUGUUCGUCAUUGGUCCCCGUAUGUACGCUUAAUGAAUGCCUACGGUCCUUCAGAAUGCUCUGUCAUCGCCACAGCCCAGUCAUCACCGCAAUAUCUCGCCCAAGAUGAAUCGAAUAUUGGAAACCCUGUUGGUUGUGUCGCAUGGGUAGCACAUCCAAACAGACCAGAGAGUCUCUUACCUAUAGGCGCUAUCGGAGAACUGCUCAUCGAGGGUCCUAUUGUUGGUCGCGGUUACGUUAAUCGUCCCGAGGCCAUGACAGCAGCAUUUGUUCCAUAUCCGACUUGGUUAUGCAAGCUCCGUAGCUCCCGAAGGGGCUUCUUGUACAGAACAGGGGAUCUUGUGAGGCGUCUUGUGGAUGGCUCUAUACAAUACAUCGGACGAAAAGACCGUCAAGUAAAGUUACGUGGACAGCGUAUUGAACUUCCUGAAGUUGAGCACCAUGUUCAGCAGUGCUUCCCUAUCAACGACCCCGAAGUCUUUGCAGAUAUGAUCGCACCAAAAGAUACCAAUGAUGCCUAUUUAGUAGCCUCCAUUGUUCAACCAGGAGACAGCGACAAUAUUCAAACCUUUGAAGCGGCCGUGGAGCAAAUGCAAUCACAUCUUCGGGCAAAUGUUCCAGCUCCUCUUAUCCCGUCGGCAUUCGUUCCUGUAUAUCAGGUACCACGAUUAGUGAAUGGAAAGAUUGACCGGGAAAAAGUGCGGGAUGCAGCAUCUCAAGCGCUACGGGUGCAGAUUGGUCAAGACGCGACCAGCCAUCGCCUACGAAAUUUCAGAGAAAUGACAAGUCGGGAGCGCAAGUUGCAAAAUUGUUGGGCUGAAGUGCUGGCUCGUCCUGUAGAGACAGUCGGACCUGAUGACAACUUCUUCCGCUUGGGCGGAGACUCGAUCGCAGCAAUGAGGUUGGCUGCCACGGCUGGCGAGAAAGGCAUUCAACUAGGUGUCUCAGAUAUUUUCCUACAUCCUAAGCUUAGCGACCUUGCACUGAAUUGCUCAAUUCCAGAGCCGAAGGAACCUCCAAAGUCCAAACCAAAAGAAAUGGGUGAUUCCGUGCCCCCGUUCUCAAUGCUCCCGGAAAAUUGCAUAGAAGAACUGAAAGCACAUGCAAUGGAACAAUGUAACCUCCCGAUAGAGAAAAUCGCGGACAUAUACCCCUGCACCGCAUUGCAGGCUGGUAUGGUAGCUUUAACGGCGGAGCGUCCCGGAUCAUAUAUCGCACACCAUCGUUUCCGACUAGGGCCGGAUAUUGAUCUGUCUUUAUUGAAAACUGCUUGGGAGAUAGUAGCAAAACACAACGGAAUUCUGCACACUCGAUUCAUUCAGUCGGAGUUUGGCUUCAUGCAAGUCCUGUUAAAGGACAGUGAGCUCCACUGGAUCUUGCCGGGUAUGAAAGAGAAAAGGUUACAAUGGAACAACCUUCUGGGCCAGCCACUGGUGCAGUUUGAAGUUGUCCCGGUGGUGAGCGAGGAUUUCAAUAUAGCUGGGCGAUCCGACCUAGUUAUUACCAUUCAUCAUGCUCUGUAUGACUCUUGGUCACUGCCUCUGCUUGUGCACCGUGCCCGAGAAGCCUACCAAGGUCAGGUAAUGGUGCCCUCCGAAAUGACUCCAUUCAAAGAAUUCAUCAAAUAUUCUAUGUCCCAACAAAAGGAUGCGCUUGAAUACUGGCGCCGUGAAUUCCACGGACUUACUGCCGAGCCAUUUCCCACACUUCCUUCCACAUCAUAUCGGCCUCGGGCUUCAGAACAAACGGUACGAACAAUUGAAACUGGCCCAGUGGUGGAUGGAUGCGUCAGUCGAACCACCGCCAUCCGUUUCGCGUGGGCGCUUGUUCAGUCUCAUUACCAGAGCAAUGAUGAUGUGGUAUUUGGCAUUGUGUCCCCUGGUCGAACAGCAUUGGUCAAUGGCAUUGAGGGCAUGGCUGGUCCAACAAUUGCUACGCUUCCUUUGCGCGUGCAAAUCGAUGAUAAUGCGAGCGUCUCACAAGCCCUCAGAAAUUUGCAAGAGCGGACAGUACAGCUGAUUCCAUUCGAACAAGUUGGACUACCUGAAAUUUCUGCCAUAGGGCCGGAGGCCAAGCAGGCCUGUUCGUUCCAAACCCUACUUGUGGAAGGGAGAGGAGAGGUUGAAAACUUGGGUACUGGCAAUAAUCAUCCUAUGGAACCCAUAGGAACAUCAUCGGGGGAUGCUGCAUCAAAUACAUACGCCAUCCAACUAGCCGUUAUGCUCAAGCCAAAUGAGGUAACCGUUGCAGUUUCCAACGAUGACCUUGUCAUUCCAACAUGGCAAGUUGAACGCAUGCUAGACCAAUUCAGCCACAACUUGCAGCAGGUGCACCAGUAUCCUGAAAAGCCAGUGCACGAAAUUGCUACACUGAAUGAAAAAGGUAUCCAGCAGCUACAAGCCUGGAACGCUGGAUUCCCGGCACGACGUUCGGAGUCGGUCACUGAUGUAAUUUCUCGGCAUUGUGAGAGGCAACCAUUGAGUCUAGCCGUCUCAUCAUCCGAGUUCAGCCUAUCAUAUGAAGAACUAGACCUUCUUUCUUCCAACAUCGCUUGCUUUUUGCGUCUGCAGGGAGUGUCAUCAGAGGUCUUCGUUCCAAUAUACUUUGAUCGGUCAUGCUGGACUGUGGUAGCAAUUUUAUCCGUGCUUAAGGCAGGGGGCGCCUUUGUCCUUCUAGACACCUCGCAUCCACAAGAACGGCUUCGGAGUAUCUGCGAAGAAGUAAAGCCUCCUUUUAUACUUACAUCUCCCGAGCAUCGUCAUGAAGCAGAGGCGCUGUUCCACGAGGUUGUGAUCAUGCCUCGGAGCAUCUCCGAGUGUGCACCGAUGCCAAACCAUAAGACCACUCGGUUGGGAACAGAGCGUGCUCUUUAUGCUGUAUUCACUUCUGGUUCAACCGGCAAACCCAAGGGUGUUGUGAUUGAGGAUGGUUCCUUUAUGACAAUGACAAAAGAAGUUUCUCGUCUUAUGGGUAUUGGCCCAGGUGACCGCGUCCUGAACUUCUCUUCCUAUGCUUUUGACGUUAGUAUUUUGGAAAUACUCGGUCCACUGCUUGUGGGUGCUUGUGUCUGCGUUCUGACGCAGCCUGAGCGUAGAGGCCGGCUAACUGAGGCAUUGCAAGUGCUACAACCGUCGCAUGCCCACUUAACCCCCAGUGUAUUACGCGCGAUGAUGCCAAGCGAGCUGGGGUCGCUCCGAACAAUCAUGCUUGGUGGAGAACCCCUCCGGUCAAGCGACAUUAAGCAGUGGGUGCCGAAUGCACAGAUCGUGCCAGUUUACGGUCCAGCAGAAUGCACGGUCGUGUUUACCGUGCAGUCUCCAAUCGACUCUAACUCGCAGGGUGGGAAUAUCGGAAAGCCGAUUGCAGGCGCCUGCUGGGUGGCCGAUCCACGAAAUCCUCAACGAAUCGCUCCCAUUGGUGCUGUGGGCGAGCUUCUUCUUCAGGGGCCUCUUGUAGGUCGCGGAUAUUUGAACCGUCCGGACCAAACAGCUGCAAACUUUAUCUCAUGCCCAACAUGGAUGCAACGUUUCGGCUUCACCGGUGGUCAAAAGGAAGGUCGGGUGUAUCGAACAGGCGACCUUGUUCGUUAUGAGAAGGAUGGAUCUCUCUCAUUUAUAGGAAGAAAAGACCUUCAGGUCAAGCUACGAGGCCAGCGUUUUGAGCUUGCAGAAGUUGAGGAGCGACUGCAGGAGGUCUGGCCUGAAGAUCUAACGGACAUCACGGCUGAGAUUGUGACCCCGAUGUCUUCGACGAGCUCCAAAUGCUUGGUUGUCUUUGUCGCUUCAAAGGCGGCUGAGACGGCUUCACUAGUAUCCAGCUCAGCGAUCCCUUCCCUGGAAAUUGUUUCCCCGACCAACUUCGCGGCCCAAAUAUCAAAUGUGAAACGCCACCUCAGUGAUAUCCUUCCAGAUUAUAUGGUACCGUCUGCUUUUGUGCCACUGCGGUGGAUACCCCACACACCCAGUGGCAAAGUUGACCGAAAGCGGUUGAGAGAGUCGGCGUCAAACGCAACACGAGUGCAGCUGGAGUCUUUGUUCGCUGAAGCCCCUUCAGAUAAGCGAGUGCCCGCCACGGGGAUGGAGAGGGAUUUGCAGCACAUCUGGGCACAAGUACUCAAUAUUGCAGCCGACGAGAUUGGCGCUGAGGACAGCUUCUUCCGAUUGGGAGGUGACUCUAUCUCGGCUCUUAAAGUCGCAUCGAGGGCACGGGCAGCUGGGAUUGCGCAUUCAGUCGAGAGUUUGUUCCAGUGGAAAACACUAAUACGUGUUGCCAAACAUGCUACCGUCAUUAACUCUACCGAUAUCAUGGAUGGAAUACAGACUGCAAAUUCUUCCUUGUGGUCUCACAUACCCUACUCCCUGAUUACGGAUCACGAGCGUGAGGAAUUGUUUGCUUCGCACUUCUUACGGGGACAUUCGGUGGUUAAAGAUAAUGUGGAAGAUAUCAUCCCGGCGCUUCCAUUCCAAGUCUUCUACAUGACGCAUGCAUCGCCAGUCUCGAUGGCACAAAUAUUCCCUGUGGCCCUGGACAUUAAUAGACUGAAGACCGCGUGCAGGAACGUUGUUGCUCACCACAGCAUCUUACGCACAGUCUUUAUGGAGGCCAAUGGCCGAUUUCUCCAGGUGAUCCUCCGGGAAGUUCAGCCUGUGCUGAAUGUUGUUGAAUGCGAUGAUCCACAGGCAUAUGUUGGUCGAGAGUCCAAAGAAAAGGUUCCACCCUUCACAGCCCAGGGUGCAAUGCCAGUCAGCUUCACUCUCGUUACUAGUCCCAUCAAGCAGUGCUCUGCAUUGAUCCUUCGCAUAUCCCAUGCACAGUAUGAUGGGGCCUCUAUACCGUUGCUCUGGAAGGCAAUCACAAAAGCCUAUCAUAACGAGCCUCUACCACAGGCUGUGCAAUUCAAGGAUGUCGCCUACAAGCGGAUGGGCGAUCUGAACAAAGCAGAGGUUUCAUUCUGGCGACGAUACCUUCAAGGUGUUCCAUCUGCUGCUCUUGAUCCUCUUCGUCAAACUGGAAAGGCACGUAUUUCGGACAAUGACAUAGUUGAAAAGCGCCAAACAUCAAUGCCCUCCCUCCCACCUGACAUGACCAUUUCAACACUGGUGAAAGCAGCUUUCUCGUGGAUCCUGUUUGAGAAAACCUCACAACCUGAUAUUAUCUUAGGUCAGGUUGUUCACGGACGUGGAAGUUCCUUUUUGGACGCAAAUACAGCCAUUGGGCCCUGCUUGAAUCACUUGCCCGUUCGAAUCAGGAUUGAACCAGACUGGACGGUGGAGGAUUUCUUGCAUCAUGUUCAGGUACAGCAACUGGAAAUCACUGCCCAUGACGAGGCAUCCUUUGAUUCUAUCACAGAAUCCUGCACAGGGUGGCAGCCUGGCUCAAAAAUGGCCUGCCUUGUUCACCAUCAGAGUGAAGAAGCCACGGAGCCCUUCGAAAUGGAUGGCGUUCGCUCAUCGUCUGCCUGCGAUUGGGCCAGCUCCAAGUUGGCGCACGGCCAGUUGGGUAUCAUCUCCGUUGAACACGGAUCUCAGCUCGAGCUCAUGAUAACAGCCACUGAGGAGACGAUGGAUCAACGAAGCGUUGAGUUCCUGUUGGAGAAGCUGAUUGCUACCAUUCAGUUGUUCUCGAAGUUUACCCAGUGCCGGUUAGCAAGGAUACCUAGCAGGAUUCACAUAUGA